CAUACAUGUAUAUUUUUAUCACCACAAACAGUGAAAUGACACUUGACUGUCCUACAUUGCCUGGGUACACACCGUCGCAACAACCACGUCAAACACAACGUACAAUUAAAGCCGACCGGUCAGUUCUUAUAUAUCCAAAUGCCAUGGCACGUCCAUUGUCCGAUGCGACGCUAUACAUGCCUAUCCAUGAAACGCGCCAUAUCUGGCAGUCCCCUUCUCUAGCGGCAUCGUGUUCCGUUGAGCUGCAGGUGAUGUUAUCACGCACCAUCUGGAUUGCAGGCUCACCCAUAUACACCAGUUUCAAGAUCAGCAACAUGGCCAGACAGAAGAUAUCGAGCGUCAAUUUGGAACUACUACGACGGCAAAAUACGUUUUCUCAGACAGGUUUAACGGGAAGUUUUGGACUUAUGCCUGUAACUUCGACGUGUGAGACCGUGGCACGCGUCAAUGCGGCAAGCUUUGAUUGGUGGCAACCUAUCGAACAAGGCGUAUCGGAUGAAGUUACCUUGGCCAUCCAACCUUUAGCGGGUGAUUUGUCUAUUCGAAGCCAAAAACUUAUUGAUGUAUCCUAUUCUAUCCGUGUGUCAAUUUCAUCUAGUAUCAGCAAUGAUGCUGUGCUGGAAAUACCAGUCAUACUUGUUCAUCCUAUCUCAAUGGAUCCUCCUCCAGGCGACUAUCCGCCAGGAGACAACUCGUCCGAGACCAAAGAUGCGUAUCGCAGGCUUUGCGUCGACAUUUUCAGAGAAGUUACACCCCCAUCAGAACAAUUACAAACGAUCAGCGAUUGUGACAUCUCCUGUCGUUACUACUACCGCUGA